AUGCGGUCCAGCGCAUCAUUCCAGUAGUGGGCAGAUUGGGUGGCCAAAAGGGCUGGCUUCUCUGUGUCGGCGCGUAUAUAAUGCCGACGUGCUGCCGCCCUCCUGAUUUGCACAGUAGGUCAUUCACUCUUCUCGACUCUUCUUACACAUCAAGCCCUUUGCGCUGCGACAUCUAUUUUGCCAUUCACGCCCGUAAACGCCAGCCUCUUGUUUAUUAACCCUUCAUAUCCAUUUACCAACCAGCGCUCUAUUAUUAAUAUGAAAGUGACAAGCAGGUCAAUCGUCGCCACACUUGUGGCAUCUGCUAUCGGCACCACAGCCUCGGUGGUGGAUCUUUCUGGUGGGCACCCAGCCGGUGUAAGCGGGCUACAGGGCAUGAAAGACGCACAAAUGGCCAACACCACUAGGACGGUGCGGUCAUUGCAGACACGCGAUACACGCUACACCUGCGACAGCGCUUUCAUCGACUUCUCAAAGCCUGAUGCGCUCAGCAAGUUCAGCGUGGCAUGGUGCCCGCAAAACACAUACCUGACUGGCACAUCGGUGGCCAUGCGCCUGACGCCCGAGUGUGGCACGACCAUGAUCUACCCGUGGGACUUCAAGCACGGCAAGAUGGAGGCACGGGUGCGCAUGGCCGCUGGAAGUGGUGUGGUGUCGACGAUUCUGUUGGCCGGGCCUGAGCCUGCCGAUGAACUCGAUGUCGAGUGGACAAUGUACUUUGCCAAAGGCCAGCGCGUGGAUCCCAAUGCCUGGUACUUUCAUACGCCUGGGGACGUCCCGCAGGACAUGUCGGCCACAUACCACAACUAUGCCAUUGAGGUGACCCAGAACACUAUAAAGUGGUGGAUUGACGACUGGCUGGUCCGCACUCUGAACCGCGUCGAUGGCGUUCCAUUCCCAAGCGAUGCCAGCCGUGCCCGCAUGGGUGUUUGGGAUGGCUCCAAGCAAGGCGGAUGGGCUGGCACUGUCGACUGGAGCAAGGGGCCAUUUAUUGCCGAAAUGCAGUGGUUCAAGUUCACACCAUACUGCUAGAUAGCUGCUUUCCACGUUUCGUCAAUCUCAGUUGUACACAACCAUUCUAGCAGCAAAGUUUUGUGCUUGGCGUUGGCAUCAGGGUCCUGUUUGGUGCCGGAGCCAUAGAAAGCCAAGGCAGCUCUACAGUCGAUCCGUGUAAUGGCCACAAAGUGAGCAGCUCGGCACCCAAAGAUCAGUUCACCGAUCACAUACCGUAUAUCCAUGGUUCUUGGUGCUCAUGUACUCAUUGGUUGCAGCCAGAGACCAGUAGCAGCCUUUGCAGAUUCUGUGAGACAAGUGUAUUUUUUUUAACUAAAAGGCUAAUGCU